AAUGCUCUUUUUCUCUCUUCUUCUUCUCUCUCUUCUGUUAAGCAAAUUGCUAUACAGUGGCGACGACAAUAUCAUAUUAUUAUUGUCUCAUCUCCGACAAACUUCCGGCGAAAUAGCCGGCGAUCGGCCGAUCAGACUGCCGAAGACUGUCCUCCGCCAUUUACUCUCUCUCUCUCUCUCUCUCUGAGCUGAAUCUGUCAGAGACUCUGUUAUUGUUUACAAGAGAAUUAUCCAGUCCCAUACAUGAUCUCUGUCUCUCUAUUUUUCGUUUGAAUUUGGCAUAAGCUUGGAUAGAACAUAAUUGCACCCGUGGUGGACGUCAAAAUAAUCGAAAACAUGAUUCUUGUUGUGUUUAGGUUUUCGUACGGGAUUUUGUACCAAGUGCUCUGGCUUUUCUAAUGAAUGGUGAGCCUGAGAUAGUUAAGAACUUCCUCUUGAAGACCCUUCAGCUUCAAGGGUGGGAAAAAAGAAUAGAUCGGUUCAAGCUUGGGGAAGGUGCAAUGCCAGCAAGCUUCAAAGUUCUUCAUGACCCUAUCCGGAAAUCAGAUACUAUCGUUGCAGAUUUUGGCGAGAGUGCAAUUGGGCGAGUUGCUCCUGUUGACUCUGGUUUCUGGUGGAUUAUACUGCUCCGUGCAUAUACAAAGUCAACGGAAGAUUUGACUCUGGCAGAAACUGAAGAUUGUCAAAAGGGAAUGAGGCUUAUAUUGACUCUAUGUCUAUCAGAAGGUUUUGACACAUUCCCAACUUUGCUUUGUGCCGAUGAAUGCUCCAUGAUUGAUCGUAGAAUGGUGAAUGGUUCAGAAAGCAUUGAUGAGGAAGAUCAGGCAUCUCGAGUCUCGCAGUUCCUGGAAGGAUAUAAGGAAGGAAGAAUAAUAAAGGAAAGAAUUGGUGGUCCAUCGUUUAUGGGCUUUAUGUCUUCAUUUAUUGGGAUUGGAACUGUAUACAUAAUUGGUUUUGUGGUUGUGGUAAUGAUGCUUAUUAGAUCAAUCAAUAAAGGAGAAGAUGAACGUCCUGCGGUCCCUACUGGCGACGAGAUUGAUCAUGCUAGCAGUGAGGCCGAAAGCAGAGAGCAUAAAUCUGGAGAAAAGGAAGAUUAGAGUUGACCUUCUGGACUUCUAACCAGAUCUCAUAGGAGUAUACUGCCAAAAGAAAAGAGAGACAUUUAUUGAAUGCAACUUUGCAGUGUGCCGAAAACAGUACGGAGUAUUAACAUGGAUGAUUCUGUAGAGAAUGAUGAAUUCGUUGUCACUAUUAUGUGUACCCCUUAGAGAUAUUCAGCUUAAAUAUCAGCUUUUGUUUUAAUAUUGCCUUGGUUAAAUUGAGAGGACCCGC